AUGCUUUUUGGCGCUGCAUCUGCGGCUCCUCUCGAAGGUCGCUCAAUCUGCCUCGCCAACUUUGUUGGUACAAAUAGCGAGGGGGGUGGUGGUCCUGGCCAAGCGCCUCUUACUUAUAACGAUUUUGGAAUCACAAUUACUGGAGGUGGCAAGAAGUUUCACCAUAAGAUGACAGAAGACGCUGAUAAUGGACUGUUCCACCGAGGCGUUAAAGGUGAAAAAAUCGGCAGCAAGAACGGCGUCAAGAUACAUGCUAAUUGGAACUACGCAAAUAAUUCUUGGCUUGGUUGUUAUGUUAAGAGAAAUGGGCACAAGUACAUUGGCAAGGUUAAAACGCCUGAUAUUCAUAUCGGCACGGUGACCGUCACUGAAGACCACUGCACUGUUCAUUUCCCUUGCUAG